AUGACGCCCCCGCACCAAACCGACCGCGGUUUUCGGUACCACCAAAGGAACCCGCAACCACCACCGUCAGACCCGUUCUCAGCACCAGAGACGACUCGGAUCCAGGGGAGCACCCGUCGCAUGCCUCGGACCCGACCACCACCAGCGCAGCAGACAAGAACUGUAGCAACAGCCAUCUUCACCGCCCCUCGAACCCCUGCAAACACCGAGAGCGGGUCAUACGAUCCUUGGCAGAAGGGCCUGAGAGCGGGUCAUACGAUCCUUGGCCACACCGACGCGAGUCGUCUUCUCGGCGGAGAGGAAGAGCAGCGGACGAAAGAGAAGGCAAACUUGCAGAUUAGGGCUAGCUACAGAGGAGAGAAAUUAGGGAUCGGAAUCUGGGUCAGCUUUUGCAGCCCAAAAAAAUUAAAGAAAAUGAACCUCAACAUCUUCAAGAAGAAAACUUCCCCUAAAGAUGCACUGAGAGCCAGCAAAAGGGAAAUGACAGUUGCCACGAGAGGCAUUGAGCGCGAGAUUGCAUCUUUACAAAUGGAGGAGAGAAAAUUAGUGGCAGAGAUCAAGCAAACAGCAAAAACAGGAAAUGAGGCUGCCACUAAGAUCUUAGCUCGUCAAUUAGUUCACCUCAGACAGCAAAUUACAAAUUUGCAGGGCAGUCGAGCCCAGAUCAGAGGCGUAGCAACUCAUACGCAGGCAUUAUAUGGAAGCACUUCCAUUUCGACUGGUAUGAAAGGUGCAACCAAAGCUAUGACUGCUAUGAACAAGCAAAUGGAACCAGCAAAACAAACUAAAAUGAUCAAAGACUUCCAAAAACAGUCUGCUCAGAUGGACAUGACGAUCGAGAUGAUGUCUGAUGCAAUUGAUGAGACACUAGACAAAGAUGAGGCUGAAGAAGAAACUGAAGAACUCACUAAUCAGGUGCUUGAUGAGAUUGGUGUUGACAUAGCAUCGCAGUUAUCUUCGGCUCCGAAAGGACGGAUCGCAUCAAAGAAAGUUGUAAAUGCUGCACCAAGUACUCCUAAUGCAGCUACCGAUGUCGAGGACCUCGAAAAAAGGCUGGCUUCUUUGCGACGCGUUUGA